UCCGUGAUGUUUCCAUGCGGGUGCGGUACCGCAGGCUCCGGCUGCGGUGGCGAUGGCGACUAUCAGCUGGUGCAGCAUGAGGUGCUCUACUCCUCGUCGAAUAGGUACGAGGUGUUGGAGUUCCUCGGACGGGGUACCUUUGGGCAGGUGGUGAAGUGUUGGAAGAAAGGCACCAACGAGAUAGUCGCCAUCAAGAUCCUGAAAAACCACCCCAGCUAUGCUCGCCAGGGACAGAUUGAGGUUUCAAUCCUCUCCCGCUUGUCUCAAGAAUCAGCAGACGAGUUCAACUUCGUCCGCGCUUACGAGUGCUUCCAGCACCGCUCUCACACUUGUCUCGUGUUUGAGAUGCUGGAGCAGAACCUCUACGACUUCCUCAAACAGAACAAAUUCUCACCGCUGCCUCUCAAAUACAUCCGACCCAUACUUCAGCAGGUUCUGACGGCGCUGCUUAAACUAAAGCAAUUGGGCUUAAUCCAUGCGGACCUAAAGCCUGAAAAUAUAAUGUUGGUGGAGCCUGCCCGGCAGCCCUACCGCGUCAAGGUGAUCGACUUUGGGAGCGCCUCGCACGUCAGCAAGGCCGUCUGCAACACCUAUUUGCAGAGCAGAUACUAUCGAGCACCAGAAAUAAUCCUGGGGCUAGCAUUCUGCGAGGCCAUCGAUAUGUGGUCGCUGGGCUGCGUGGUCGCCGAGCUGUUCCUGGGCUGGCCGCUGUACCCCGGCUCCUCGGAGUACGAUCAGAUCCGCUACAUCUCGCAGACUCAAGGCCUGCCCACAGAGCAUAUGCUGAAUAGCGCAUCGAAGACGGCAAAGUUUUUCUACCGCGACGUGGACAGCACCUACCCGUUCUGGCGCCUCAAGACUCCCGAGGAGCACGAGCUGGAGACCGGUAUCAAGAGUAAGGAGGCCAGGAAGUACAUCUUCAACUGCCUCGAUGACAUCGGACAGGUGAAUGUACCAACGGAUCUUGAAGGCGGCCAACUGUUGGCCGAGAAAGCCGAUAGACGGGAAUUCAUUGAUUUACUGAAGAGAAUGCUUACUAUGGACCAAGAGCGCAGGAUAACGCCAGGCGAGGCUUUAAAUCACGCUUUCGUGACCCUCGCCCAUCUCGUAGACUACGCACACUGUAACAACGUGAAGGCAUCCGUACAGAUGAUGGAGGUGUGCCGUCGCUCUGGUAGCGGAGUGGGCGGAGUUGAAUAUGUUGGGGGCGUUGUUGCGCCCGCAGCGCCCUCCGCUCACCAUCUCGCGCUCACUAUCAACCAGCAGAGGUUGAGAGCUGCCCCAUACGAUAAUUUGUACCAGCUGUACGGCGGCGGGCGCGUGGCGGUGGGCGGCGCGCGGCAGUUCGCGGCGCGCGCGGCCGAGCCCUUCCCGCACCAGUUCGUGUCGUCCAUCCUGUGCCAGCCCGCCUACCAGGUGCAACAGCUGGCGGCGGCCGCGGCGGCGGCGGCGGCGGCGCACCACCAGCACGGCGUCGGCGUGGGCGUGGGCGUGGGGGUGGGCGUGGGCGACGUGGGCGAGUGGCGCGCGCCGCUCAUCGUCGAGCCGGCGCCGCUGCCCGAGCCCGACGCGUGGGACUACCACCACCACCACCACCCACACAAGCGGUAUACCCACCGGUUGUUUGACAGAUCAACAAAGCAACAGAGCACCGUGCCUCACUACCAGCCUCAACACCAAUCGCAUCAGUACAGCAUGGCGAGCAGUGGUGGUAAGAAGGAAGCGACCCAGCUAUCGCCGGUUAAAAAGCGGGUCAAGGAGGGCACACCGCCAUCGCGACACAGGCAUCACGAUCACACGUACGUUUAUAGCGAUAUCAGUAUGUUCUUAUAUAAAAUAAAUAAAUCCCGAAAAAACGAUCCAAAUAACGUUAACAACCAUGGAAAUUUAAAACAAAACAGUGGUGUGCCCGACAGCGCGCGCGGCGGCUGGAGCGGCGCGCCCACCAUCACCAUCCGCGACACGCCGUCGCCCGCCGUGUCCGUCAUCACCAUCUCCGACUCCGACGACGACGCCGAGCCGCGCCCCGCCAGAGGUGACACGCUAUUUUAUUUUAUUUUAUUUUAUUUUAUUUUAUUUAAGUUGCGCGGCAACGGCGAUUGCCCACCAGCCAACCACGCCAGUAGCUCGAACACAUCAACUAGCAACCCCCCCGUCACCGUCAGCAGUGGUGGCGUCAUCUGCAGCGCGAGGACCCCCCGCGAUGAGAGACACGUCAAGCACGAGCCUCACCACCAGCCGUGCCAUCACCACCAACAACAACAACAGCAGCAGCAGCAGCAGCAGCAGCAGCAGCAGCAACAACAACAACAACAACAACAGCCGAGCCAGCAACAAAACCCGCAGGCGACUCCUCAGAGUCAGAAAAAGAGGCUUUUGGCUUUGGCGCAACAAGAGGCACAGGCCAAGCUGGAGCCUCACCAUGAACAUCCUACCGCCAGCGGUUCGACGGUACGCCAGACUAAUGACUAUCAAUGCAACCAAUACGUUCCGACGCAGCAUAAUAAGAGGGAUAGCAGCGGUGGCUGCAGAGAGUACCUGCCUGUGCCGCCGGCCGCGCACAAGCACGCGCCCCACUGGCACCACCACCCGCACCCGCAUUACAAUGCAGCGGGAGGGGGCGUGUUGUCCCCGGGUGGAGUUUCGCCGGGAUACUUGCCCCCACCGCUCUAUGUGCCUACCUACCACUACCACACCGGCGGUGUUAGCGGAGUUGGAGGUGUGGGGGGAGUAGGGGGAGUGGGGGGGCCUCCCCCCGCCCAUCACGGUAGUGGGGCUCGCAUACCCGGCUACCUGCAGCCCUACUCGCCAACCUACCUCGUGCCUCAACAUCCGCAACAACACUUGUGGUACACCGACUGAGCUAUCUAGA